AUUUUUGGGCCUGACAGUGACAGCCAUCACAAUUUGUUGGUUGGUUUCGGUAUAGAUAAACAACGAAGCUUUCUCAUUUAUCUGCUCCGCAUUCUAGUACUGGGUGGGCUGCAUUUAUCCGGAAAUAUAUGCACCUUUACGCGAACCGAUUAGUGUCUAUUGAAAUCCUUCGCAGGGGGGUCACUGGCCGGGGUAUCGUUUCCUAACCUAAAAGCGGAAUUAUUUUCGGAAAAGAUGUCCCGACACGUGCAAAGCGCGGACGCCUCAGUGCUGGAAAGAAGGCUGCGUCCUAUCUACGAGUGGUUGGACUGCAACAACAACAAAAAGGCCCUUCAAGAAUGCGAGAAGGUAUUGAAGAAAACCCCAACUUUCCAGUGCGUCAGGGCCUUGAAGGCCCUGAUCCUGUUUCGGAUGGGCCGCGAAAACGACUGCAAAGCCAUCCUGGAGAGCCUCAACAGUGAACAGCCCACUGAUGACUCCACUCUACAGGCGAUGACCAUGUGCUACAGAGAGCUGCAGGACUUACAGAAGGUGUGCAAGAUGUACGAGAUAGCGGUGAAAAAGGAACCGACCAAUGAAGAGCUGCACACGCAGCUCUUCAUGAGCUAUGUCAAGGUGCAUGACUUCAAGGCCCAACAGCAGUGCGCCAUGGCGCUGUACAAACAGAAGCCGAAGAACCCCUACUAUUGUUGGGUUGUGAUGAGCAUUGUACUGCAGGCAACCAGAGGGGAAGGAUCGAAAGACCAGGGCAAGAAAACGCUGCUUCUCAACCUGGCGGAACGGAUGAUGAAGAAGAUGGUGGAUGACAAGAAGAUCGACGCAGAGCAAGAGAUUCAGCUGUAUAUUAUGGUUCUGGGGCUAUUGGGGAGGAACGAGGAAGUGAUCGCACUCGUUGAAAGCCCCCUUGGGGAAAAGAUGCAGUUCCCCAACUCACAGAUGGUGAAGUUGAACGUCUGCGCCAAGCUGGAGCGAUGGCAACAAGUGAACAUCAUCUGCAAAAAUAUUCUCAGUGAAAGUUUUGACCGAUGGGAGGUGUGGAAGACCUACGUUCACUCAGUGUUCGAGCUGGCCGAAACCAACAUCAAUGGACUCGGGGAAAAUGGAAGCGCCGUUGAAACCGCCGACAACACAGCGGAAAAGUGCCACGAGUUCAUCUGCACUAUUCUGGAAGGAGUUGCCGACAACAGUUUUUCCCUUAGGGGUCCCUAUCUGGCGCGGUUCGAGCUGGGCGCCAAGCUGCAAGAGAAACAGCUGGAUACCAACGAGAUUCUCGGCGACAUCAGCCACCUCUUUAUCGAGUACUUCCGCAAGUUCGGCCAUAAGCCCUGUUGUGUGGUCGACCUGAAAAUCUACUUGAAGCUGUUGGACAGUGACCAGAAGUCGGAGCUGGCUGGCAAGCUGGUGAAGGAAGUGGGCAUUGGGCCAACCAGCGUUCCUCAAUCCGCCGAUCAGAUGCAGCGCCACAUCGGGGCCUUGCAACUGUCCAGACUAUGCGGCGCUCAUCGAAAUCUCUCCGUUGAGCAUCUCCGCGCAUUAGUGACCGCCUUGUUCCUGCAUUAUCAGCACGGCUACCAAGCGUAUGGCAAAGACUUACCUGCAACGGAAUUGGGGCCUUCGGACAACUACGCGAUUUUGGCCGCUCAUAUCUUGUUUGAUCUGUCCAUUAUCGAGAACGAAAUGGAGUACGUGGUUGUUGCCAUUGCCCUACUGGGUGGACUGCUCAAGAACUCGCCCAGUAAUUUCCACGCGAAGCUCUUAGUUGUGAAGUUCUACCACAUAUUGGGAGUGGCAUUGAGCGCAAACUUCGUCUACUACACUCUGGACAUCAAGCAUCUCCAACUGGACUCAUUGGGGUAUAUUCACUGCGCCCAAUUGGCUACGACCGGGUUGUUCGAGCUGUGCAGCAUCCACUUUGAUUCGACUGCGAGGUUUUUCGCCACAAAUUACAAAGAAAGCAUCGACCACUUGACGUUCUCGUACAAGUUCGGCUCCUUCAUCAAACUAGACGAGUUCAUGGAUUUCCGGGAAAAGAUGAACAACAGCACACACUACGCAAUGGUGGUUGUAGAUAGGAUAGUUUUAAACUUAAUUAAUUGCCAUGACUAUGAUAGGUUGUGCAAUUUGGACAUACCAUCCAACGAUAGCGAGAUCGAAUGGGAUAAACUUAGCGACAAUCGCGAUUUGGACGUUUACUUGACUUGGGAUCCAGAGUUUGCCAGUGAGUCGGUUUCGAAAUCCAAAGCGAUUCAACGACUGUACACUCAAAACUUGAACUUUCUCAAGCUGAGGACUCGCCUAUUGCAGACAGUCAGUGCGGCGCUAAAGGUAGUUCAAGCCAGGGAUGGAGAGAGGCAGAAACGCAUCGAACAUUUGAAGCAAACGUUGAAGGACUGGAGAAAACUGGAGGAUGAAGUGAAAAAAACUGAUCUUGAUCCCAUCCCCGAGAACCUAAUACCAUAUCCGCCUGCCUCGCGACUACACGGUUAUUUGGACACGCCAUAUCGUCCGGUGAUUGCGGCCGUAUUGGACUUUCAACUGUCCCUGGCCAUCGACGAGUUACCUCAAGCAGAAAUUAGCUGCAAAAGCGCUCAGCAGCAAAUCGAAGUCCUGGCCCAACAACUAGAAAGCGUUUUGACCGACUCAGUAGACUACCGAAAGCGAAGGAAAGGCCUAGAGAUGUUUGUCAACAAUUUAGAGCUAAUUUGUAUCAGUUGUGUUCUUUGCAUAUUGUGUACCGCCCUCGUGAAGCCGUCGCAUUCGAAAAGGGCCAAAAAGAAGCAGCCGGUCGCGUCACGUUCUAAAGAUUUGUUGCUCAGUCUCGUGGUGAACAGUGUUAAAAAGGAAAUUGACAAAGUGAGCAAGUUGCUGCAGGAGUGGAGUGAAAAAGUGACGGAAAAAGACCUAGCAGGCCUUCUGGGGCUUUUAAACCUGAACACUGGCAAUACUGAAACCUCAGAGCAGCAUCAGAUAAUCAUGGAGAGCUACGAAAUAUCUUACAAACAUAUCAAGAACGUGUUCGCUGCGAAGUUGAAACUGCUGGAUGAUUUGUAGCCGUCGGAUGUCCACCUCAGAGCAAACCCCAGUAAAUUGAUUGCAAACGACGAUUGAAUAUCGAUGAUAAUCGAGGCGUUUGAUCUUUAGUAAAGUCAAGAUUUCGAUUAAUGGAACUUUGUCAGCUCUGCCAAAUAAAAUUUGUAUAGAAGA